AAAGUAUCUGAGUGGAGAAAGAAAGAGAGAGUGUGGUUGAGAGAGAAGGGGAGAAAGGUUAGAUCUGGGCUAUGUGUAUAGCAGUAGAUAGUUAGCAUAACAUAUACAUAGCCUACAUAAUCUGUGAGAGAGAGGUUGUCUAAAGAGCAGUUGAAUCGAUCUCUAACUGAGUCCUAAAGUUCGAGCCAUAAACAGCCAUGGAGUUUACCAGACGUUACCUGCCCAUGGAAUGGGAGGAACGGUGGAGGAAAGAGAAGGAAAGGAGGAGAAGGGUGAUUGAGGAAGGAGGAGAAGAGGUAGAAGCAGACGAUCGAAAGCUGAGGUGGAUUGUGGCCUACAACAACAACCGGAUGGGCGUGACGAGGAGAAAGGAAAAAGAGGGAGCAAGGGUCAAGAAGAGGAACAACAGUACGGCAAGCCAGGGAGAAGAGGAAGAAGAAGAGGAAGUGUCAGAGGAGAGGAGGGAAGGACUGGGAGAUGAAGAGAAUGUUCGUACAUUCUACAGACAUACCUAUCCUAAAGAGGUCUUCCAGGGUCUGGAGCAGCUCAGGGACUCCUCUCUCCUCACUGACCUGACUCUGAGCACUGAGGAUGGGCAGCGUCUUUAUGCACACUCCCCUGUCCUGGCUGCUGUGAGCACCCUUGUCCACCAGAGACUGCAAGAGAGGGAUGAAGAGAUGGAGAAGAGGAAGGUGAGGAGAGAUGUUGACAUGGACAUAAAGACAGAGAUAUUCAUCAGUCUGGGUCAUGAGGUGGGGCUUGUGGGGCUGGCAGGGGUGCUGGAGUUUGCCUACACUGGYGCSUUAGCAGCWCUGAACAGACACACACUGGCCCAGAUACAGACUGCAGCUACAACACUAGGGGUCCCCAGAGUUCUAGAACUCUGCAGUGAAGAGGAGGAGAAGAUGAAGAAGGGAGUAGAGAAGAGGGCAGAAGAGAAGAAGAUCUCUGCUGAAGAACAGAUGAAGGUCAGUCUUCAGUCCAUCAGAGAGCUGUGGGCAGAGAGAGUGGGCUGUGAUGUGGAGCUGGAGGUUGGAGGAACGUCAUUCCAUGUCCACAGAGUGCUCCUGGCUGCCAGUAGUGACUACUUCCGGGGAAUGUUUACCAGCGGGAUGAGGGAAUCACAGCAGCCUUGUGUGGCCCUUCCCUUCCUGGAGGCCUCUGAGCUUGAGGCCCUGAUUGGCUGUUCCUACAGCGGGUCCCUCUCCCUCAGCUGGGGGUGUGUCUUUGAGAUCACCUGCACAGCCCUGCAGCUCCAGUUCCAGCCCACCCUCUCGCUGUGCCUCGAUUUCCUGGAACAGGAAAUGGAUGCCCACUCAUGUCUGGACGUGGCCUCCUUCGCCCUGGCGUAUGGGAUGCUGGAACUCCUCGAGGCGGCCGAGGACUUUGUUCUGAGGAACUUCCAAGAAGUGUCUACCAGCCUGAAAUUCCUGGACCUUCCGGCUGAUAAACUGCUGGAUUUUCUCCACUCUGACGGCCUCUGCGCGCCCUCAGAGCUAGCCGUGUUCAGGGCCGUGGUGGUCUGGGUAGAGGCCGACCCAGCGGAGAGGCUAGCCCAGGCCCAGGAGCUGAUGACAGGAGUCCGCUUCCCGCUCAUGACCUUUAAGGAGUUCAGAGAGGUCAGGGCAAUCAACCUGCGCAUGGAGUGCAGCAGCGACACAGAGGUGGAUCUGUACGGCUCAGCCCUCAAAGAGUUUGGCUUCAGUCUUCCCGAGACCCAGGACCAGUGCCGGGUCCGACGGCCCAAAGACGCCCUGGUUCUGGUCGGAGGCGACCAGCUGGAUCCUGACUUGGGGAAACGGCUUCCCAGCAGGCAGCUGUGGUUCGCUAACUCCCUCCGCACCGGAACAGGCCUGGUGAAGGCCAUGGACUGGAGGAUUCUGGGAGAGAUACCAGAGAAGCCCAGGUUUAGACACGGGGUGGGGGUGAUGGAGGGGCGGCUUUAUGUGAUCGGAGGGUGUGAGUUCUACACAAAGACUGAUACGCUGAAAUCGGUAUACAGGUAUGACCCAAUGCAGGACAGCUGGCAGAGGUUGGCUGACAUGCAGGAGUACAGAAGUAACUUUUCGGUGGUGGUGCGGGGUGAUCGUCUCUACGCCAUCGGAGGAGACAUGGACAUGAAUACCAACCUGGACAGUGUGGAGGACUACAGCCCCGUAUCUGACACCUGGAGCUAUGCCAAGCCUCUGGACCAGGCCCUGAGUGGCCAUGCUGCCACAUUGUUGGAUGGAGAGAUCUUCAUCUCAGGGGGGUUUGACUGCAGGUACCAGUGUCUGACGUCCAUGUUCCUGUACCAUCCUGAGAGAGGAACUACCUACCGGGCAGAGAUGAGCCAGGAUCGGGCCCAGCACUGUAUGGAGGUCCUGCAUCAUGGUGGUGGUAGUCUCUGUGUGGUUGGAGGGGUGUGUAACCUACGUACGUUCUACACCGACCAGCUGGCCUGUGAGGUCUACGACACCGUUAGUGACUCCUGGAGUGCCCUCACGCCCCUGGCCAUCCCCCAUGUUGGAGCAGCCUCUGUGGUUCUGGAGGGGAAGCUCUAUGUGCUGGGAGGAUACUGUCAAGAGGACUACAGGGAGACCAGACUGGUUCACCGGUAUGAACCCAUUACCCAACGUUGGGAGAAUAUGGGCAAGAUGCCCGGACCUAACACUGACAUAAGAGCCUGUUUGCUCCGCCUACCCGCCCACUUGAGACAAUGAGAGAGGGAACUUUCGAGAGUGAUGAAGUUCCACAUUACAUUGAAGUUGUUUUAUGAACUGAAAAACACUUAAAGAGGCAGGACUAUUUUAAUGCUCCACCUGCUUGCCCACUUGAGACAAUAAAACAAUGAGAGAGGGAGGGUCACAUGGCGAGAAAGAGGGCUGGGGUUGCCAUAUAUAAAAUAAAAUAAAUAAGACUGUAAAACACAGAGAAAGAGCUAUGCUGGCAUUUGUGAAUCUACAGGUGCGAAAAAACAUAUUGUAUGCCAGAAAUCAUAGCCUAAUUCUUUAUGUCAUUGAUAUAUUGUUUUGAUUGAAAAACAGCCAAUUCCAUUCGUAUUUGGAAUAAUCCCAAUUUACCUCAGGUGUUUAAUGACAGCACCUUAAAGUCCUGAUUCCAAAGUGGCAUCAUGAAUUUUUAACAUACUAUGAUGGAUAUCUACUGUCACACAGUCAAUUACAAUAAAUAUUUGGAUUAAUCCAGGCCGAUUUCUUUAAGUUCCUACAACUCCGAAAUCUUAUUUAAUCACUUCAACAGAAUCUGGAUGAACCUAAUGUAACGGCAGCCUUCCCUCU